CCGGCUGAUGACGCGGAGUAGUGGCGGCGGUGGCGGGAAGAUGGCGGCGGUGUGUGUAGGGGUGCGAAUGAUGGAGGCGAUCGUGAGCGGGCUGCUGGAGAAGGAGCUGAGCGAGGGAGAGCUGGCCGAGACCAUCCGGGGCCUGCGGGAGCAUGGAGUGCUGCGGGGGGAGGGUUCCUCUGCUUCCUUUCCAAGUCUCCUGGCUAGCUGUAACUCUCGGUUGGUGUCGGCUGCUACCAGGAUCGAGGGCUUAUCUCUCUUGUCCUUGGUUGUUGAAGAAUCUCCUACAGAUAUAUUCCAGCAGCAUUGUAUCUCCUGGAUUCGCAGCGUCUUGCAGGUCAUACAGUCCCAGGACCCCCCCAGGGUAAUUAGUUUGGCGGUUUUCGUGCUACGCUCUCUUCUCUCGCAUUCCUCUGCACUGCCAGAAUUAUCACGGGAAAUCUCCACCAAUCAGGUCCCAGGACUUCUUACUUCACUGCUGGGCCUGAGACGCCAGUGUCUGAUGCCAGCCCUAGAAGGGAUCCGGUCCUGCCUGAUCACAUAUCCCCGAGCCUGUGGAGCCCUGCGGGGGAAACUCACUGCCUUUUUCUUGAGUCUUUUGGAUGAAGAAAGUCUUCAGAUUCAAGAGAUGGCCUGUCAGUGCUUCUCCCUCCUUCCAUCUUUGGGCUCUGGCUUCUCACAGGGAGUUAAACACACAGAGAACUGGGAACGGCAGAUGCAGAGUGUUCUAUGCUCACUUCAUGCCGUGUUCGAACAGGUCUAUCAAAAUGCUGAGACUGACACCACCCACUAUGAUGGACCUGGCACUGAACUGGAUCUUUCAAUCCUUGAAGAUGACGGUUCAUCCAGUAUUCUGCAGCUGGUGAGAAGGUUUUCGGCACUGGGACUAUGUGUGCGGCUGCUGCUCAGGGAGCAGUUCCCAGCUCCAGUGCGAGUUCCUGUGGCAGAUAUACUGAACCUGGUCUGCAGAGUGGUGAACGUAAGCGCUAAAAACUUGAGUUGGCAGGGGGAAGAGGCCAUAAAGCUACUUGUUCUACCUCGUGUCCAUCUGAGUGCUCUGGACAUCCUGGAAGCCACAAUCCUAGCAUGCGGACCCCGUCUCCUGCCGUUCUGUACAAUGAUUUGCAGGGUAUUCCCACAACUUCUCAGUUCCUGGGCAGCUAUUCGAGGGGCAGGAGGAAUCCCACCUGGGCAAGAGAGGCCUUACAGUGCCCUCCGUGAAGCGGUGUAUCGUGUGCUGGAGCGAUGGGUAACCAUGUGUGGAGUUUCUUCUGGGAUUUUGCAAGGGAUGUCCCAUCAUUCUGAUGUUUUACUGGCCCACAUCCUAAGUGAUAUCAAUCCACCCACAGACAACGUAAAGAUAUCAGGAUUUGUGCAGCUUGGAGCAAAGAAGCAGAAAGUUUCAGAAAUGACGAAUGGAGAUUUCCAUAGUCACAGGAAGAAGGAAACCACUGCAAACACUGAGCUGUGUAUAGCGGCCCUUAGAGCCCUUUGCUCCAUUGUUCUAUAUGGAGGGUCACUGAUAAAGGAUGACACGCAUCGGCGCCUUCAAGAGUUCUCCAUCCCCUUACUGCUACGUCUCCAGCAAGGCUCUGAUCAGUGGACGGGCCCAUACAUCAGCAGUGACUGCCGCAAACAACUUUAUCGGCUGCUUCUGUCCCUGAUCUUGACUCCAAGCCCUCGUCUGCCCGCUCCUCUGCACUGUGCUGUCAGGAUCUUUAGAGGGGGAAUAACAGAGGAGAGCGCACAGGUGUCCAUGUUCUGUGCAGAAGCCCUUGCUAUUUGCCGAGUCAUCAUUCACCCGCGUGUGCCCACCCUUCAGAGACCCCUUCCACAGCACGGGCCUCGUCCACCUAUACAGUCUGAGAUACCCGCCCAGCGACUUCCUGUUCCAGCUCGUCCACUUACAUUCCCAGCUCCAUCUCCAGCAAACCACCUUCCGGUCAGAACCCCAGUUCCUCCACAGCCCAUAGAGCCCCCAGCUGCCCCAGCAGUGCAGUCCCCUCCAGAGACUUUGGGAAAGACCCCACGUCCAGUCUUUGUCCACUAUGAGAAAGAAGAAUCCUCAGAUGUGGAGAUUUCCUUAGAGAGCGAUUCUGACGACAGCGUCGUAAUAGUACCUAAAGGCUUCCUUCAAAAACCAGCACCGAAAUCUGAACCUUCCCCACCUUCAGUCAAACCCCUUGUUGAGGAGAUGGCAGAGGUUCCCACCAUUCAUAAUGCUCCGUCACCAAGCACAGCGGCACUUCCCCAACAAGCACCACCACCACCUCUUGCAUGCUCAGUUCCUGCUGCUCCACAGAUACCAAUCGCCACCGAAGCACCUGCACCUCCCCUUCUUCUUCCUGUUCCUCCUCCUCCUCCCCCUUCCCAGUCAGAGGGCGACAUGGUCAUCAACAUCAACAGCACGGACGAUGAAGAGGAGGAGGAGGAAGAAGAUGAAGAUAUGUAUGACGAGGAGGAAGAUGAAUAUUAUGAAGAGGAGGAGGAGGAUGAAGAUCUGGAAGGUCUAGAUGAUGAGGAGGAAGAAGAAGACUUUGAAGAUGAGGAAGGUAUGUCAGAAGAGGAAGAUGAAGAGGAGGAUCUGGAAGGAGAAGAUGAGGAAGAGGAAGAAAUAGAAGAUGAAGAGAGCUUAAUGCAUGAAGCAAGAUUAAUGCAUGACGAGAUGCAGCUUGGUACAGCAGUGGAAUCUAUACAGGAAGUAGAAGCCAUACAGGACAUAGAAGCCAUACAAGAUGUAGAACAUAUUCAAGAUGUAGAAGCAGUCCAAGAUAUAGAGGCUUUACACGACGCGGAAGAUGUCCCAGAAUCUGUACCUGAGGUAGAGCCUGUAUUAGAGGACACUAAACCAGUAAUGCAGCAAGAAGCAGAGCUGGAAGAGGGCCCACCCCGUUUGUCCCCCAUACAGGAAGAUGAUGGUGGAGACACAGACCUCCUGAUGGUGGUAGAGAGUGAAGACCGAGAGAACCCAGAAGAUGAGCUUCAAGACAGGGACUCAGACGCAGAAGUGACAUCUAGCCCCCCUCCACCUCCUGUACUAACUCCACCACCCCCACCACAUACAGACCCUGAACCUCCUCAAGUGGAGGAAACUGUGGAUCCCGAGGAGGAGGAGGAUGAUGAUGAUGAAGAUGUUGUUGAUGAUAUUGAUGAUGAUGAUGACGAUGACAUGCCUGACUCUGAGCCACCUAUAAUUGAAGAGCUGGAAGAUGAACCUGUGAAAGAAAUACAUGAGGAAAAGAAGGCAGAGGGGAUUGUAGAAGAAGAGGAGAUGGUAGAGGAUACAAAGGAGGAGGAGGAGGAGGAAAUCCGGGAUGCCGACUCCAUGCUGGCGGACUUUAUUGACUGCCCUCCUGAUGAAGACGAAGUUCUAAGAACCAUCACGUGACCUACGACGCGUUUUCCGCCUUUGGACCACCGCGUCUCCUUGGACGUCUUUGCAUUACACUAGAUGCUCGCAGCCUCGCUCCAUCUUCCCAGAUACUGACCCACAAGACCAUGCCAGCGGUGACUUGCUUAUGGGCAAACCUGAGUGCUGAGCAGUUUUUUUUUGUUUUUGUUUUUUAUCUUUGUGUUGCAUUUAAAUGACUUGGUAUCCUGACGUAAAAUUAUUACUAUUUUCUUUCUCGUAGGUGGGAUUGCUAUAAAUAUAUAUAUUUUUUAAGUUAACUAGGCUGCUGGGAACAUAACUUGGUUCAUAUUUUUUUUUUUUUUGCCUUUUUUUUAAGUUCAUUUUAUUGUGCCUUUUAGGCUCCAAAUGUAGAUUUUUGUGUUAGUGAAAUACAAAGAUUAAAAUGAACUCCACUUAACUUGAAGGGUGCUUGCACAGGAUGUGACACCGUAUGCAGCACUUGAACCAUUUAGUAUCGGAUGUUACUGAAGAGGUGGGAAUUGGGGGAGGGGUGGCACUGCAGUUGUUUGCAUCCAAAAUAGUUUUGAUAUUGGUGUGUACCCUCACUACGAACUGUAAGUCUUUUCUCAAUGUGACGGUUUAAAGUGACAAUAAAUGAAAAAGAAACUUUAAUUUUCA